AUGUUACGUUUGAAACAACUUCAGAAACAGAAAGAGCAACAACAGCAGCAACAAAAACAGAAUCUGCUGCUGCCUCAACUUGUUAUGAGAACGGGGGAAGGUACUCAUAACAGUGCUGCUCAAUUGAGACUUCAAAAAGAUAUAACUGAGCUUGAACUUCCUAAAGGUAUCCAAGUUACCUUCCCCAACCCCAAGGAUCUCUUCCAUUUCACACUUACAAUAGUUCCACAGCAAGGAUUCUAUUCCCAUGGAACAUUUGCAUUUUCUGUUGAAAUCAAUGAUAGUUUCCCUAUGGAGCCUCCAAAGAUCAAAUGCCAGCAACGAAUAUUUCAUCCCAAUAUCGAUUUAGACGGUAAUGUUUGUUUGAACAUCUUAAGAGAAGACUGGUCACCUGUAUUGAACUUGAACAGUGUGUUCAUUGGGUUAAACUUUUUAUUCUUGGAGCCUAAUCCUAUGGACCCAUUGAACAAAGACGCAGCAAACAUGCUAGUGAAGGAGCCACGGAGAUUUGAAAGGGAAGUAUAUCAAAGCAUGAGAGGGUACAAUGGGUAUGAGCGCGUUGUUUAA